AUGACCCUCAGCAGUCAAACCCAUGAGGUGAUUUUCCAGCAAAGGAGCGAGCAGUUCUCCUGGAAAACCAUCUGGAACUACAACACGGGCAUCAUUGCAACCAAACUGGUGCAAGAGAGAACGUGCUACAUUUCCACCAUGAACAGGAGUGAGAUGCCCACCUUUGAUGCUCUUGUCAGGUUUGCUGCAGACAACAAGAACCAGGUUGGCCUGGGAAGACCCACCAGGAAGAUCACCUUUGUCACCAACGGAUUGGUCAGCAACCUCAGCUCCUAUGGAGCAGAGGUCUUUGCUAUGUGCAGAGGGCUCACCACCUACAUGGCUUAUGAGGUUCAUGCUCCUAACACAGGACACAAAGAGCUGGGCAAGCCCGAGGGUGUGGAUGGUACAAACAAGGCAUUCACAAUUUGGACUGCAGUCCUUCUAGGACUCGUCCUGAAUCCAGCCCUUGCUGAUAAUCACCAGCAGACUGAAAUAAGCAAGAAAAUCUCCAUUAGUGGAGGCUACCAAAUUAUGACCAUCAAUAGGAAAUGGCUGGUGGCAAGUAUUGAGCAGAAGACCAACCAUGAGUACUGGAAAACCAUCUGGAACUAUGACACAGGCUUUAUGGCCACCAAAGUGCUGCCAGAGAGAGCUUGCUACAUUUCCAUAAUGAACAGAACAGAGAUGCCCAGCUUUGAUGCACUUCCCCAGCUGGCUGCAGACCUCAGGAGGCACCCAAGACCCCCUAGCAAGGAGAUCACAUUCACCCUCAUCAGGAGAGCCAUCCGCGACCUGGAAUCUUAUGGACCAGACAUCUUCUCCACGUGCACAGGGCUCUCAACUUAUGUGGCCUAUGAAGUUCAGGGACCCCAAUUCAAUCUUGGAUCGUGCCUCAAGCUCGAUGUCCUCCAAUAUUUGGCGCUCACCUACUGCCACAACGAUAACUUUGUGUAA